AUGGACGUUGAUGUUGAGGUUACGAAUACGCCGCCGCCGAACCCGCCGCCGCCGAACCCGCCGAACCCUGGACAACCGGGGAAGGCCUCCUUUAGGGACAAGCUGAUGGGGGGAGCGGCAGCUACGCCGCCGAAGAAGUUCAAAGACUUGAUUGAGCAGGGAAGAAUGAAGAUUCUCCACGUCAAUGGAAAUAGGCUAUUACCCAUGAUAGUCACGGAAAAGUCAGUGCUAGAGGAGAUGUGUGCUCCAUGGAGGGAGGCUUUGGUGGUAUGUCUACUUGGAAAAAAAUUGGGAUUCAGAACCAUGAAGCUCAAAUUGGCAAGCGUGUGGAAAACAGUAGGAGAUUUUGAUAUCCUAGAUGUGGAUAAUGGGUUCUACAUGGUGAAAUUUGACAUGAAGGAGGAUCGCGAGAGGGUCAUAAAUGGUGGUCCAUGGAUGAUUUUUGAUCACUACCUUGCAGUAUCGACUUGGAGCCCGGAGUUUAUCUCCCCUGCAGCAAGAGUAACAAAAACACUUGCAUGGGUGAGAAUUCCAGGUUUGAAUGUGCUGUUUUAUGACGAAAGCUACCUUCUCUCAAUUGCUAAAGCGAUUGGCAACCCUAUCAAAGUUGACAGAAACACACUGAAGGCGGAUAGAGGACGCUUUGCGCGCAUUUGUGUUGAACUGGAUCUCACCCAAGCAGUAGUCGGGAAAGUUUGCAUUGAGAAUUACUGGUAUAAUAUUGAGUAUGAAGGCCUCCACGUGAUCUGUACGAAAUGUGGUUGUUACGGCCAUAGGACCAGGGAGUGUUCCGCCACAAUACCAACGGAGGUGCCUGAGGAACCAGUGCAGCAGGUACAGGAACAGAGCCAGGGAAACCCUAGCCAGGAGGCGGCCGCAAUAGUUCACGGAGAAGGUACCCUAACUGACACCGAAAAGGGCAAUGAGAUUUCCAUGGAUACUACCCCAAAUGCUGGCGUGAUUUCAGGAGAUAAAAAUGGGCAAGAUCCUGGUAGAGUGGCAUCUGCGGAGAAAGUGGUCGCUAAUCUGGGAGAAAAUUUUGAGAUCUUUGGAGAGUGGAUGACGGUGGUCAAGAAAAAAAAGAAACCUCCACCGAAACCUCAGGAAAAUAAAAAGGAGGAAACUCGUGUACCCACUAAGGAAACAAACAAUGGAAAAUUAAUGCCUCAUAACGGCUUACGGAAAUCAAGGGAAUCUAUCUCGGGCAGCGUGAAUCUCUCGAAGCCGACUAUGGUUUUCGCAGCAACUAACCCUAGCCGCGUGGGAGCCAAAGCUCCAGCCCUAAGUAACAAGCGGUCACGUGUGGAGGAGGUCUCGCAUGAAAACCAAAGAAAAGGGGACGAUGGCCCACCUCGUACUGGGAAGGAACCCGAACAAGCCAUGUCACUGGUAAGUGGGAACAUGGAGCAUCACAUGGACAUCAGUAAACCUCAAACUCAGAAUAGUGAGUUGAAUGGGAAUCUGCGUAGAGUCGGUGACUCAGCGUGUGUGCAAGCCCAGACGAGCCAUGCACAACAUGCACAUGAACAAUAG